AGUUAUACUUCCAGACGGGAUAAUUUUCUUGGAAACCUAAUUGAUAAUUAUUGAUGAACCCUGCUGAGUAUGACACAGGAGACUCAAGAAGUUCACUUGUCACUUGGAGAAGGGAGGCGACAAGAAGAGGAGGGGUUGGAGAAGAGAGUUGGUUUAAUAACAUGUAAAGAUGGAAUAACGAGACCACAUGUUUUACCAAUAUCUCCAGUAACAAGAACCGCAAACAGUAACACCGAGAAAACAACCCAGUGGGCACUGAACACAUUCAACAGUUGGAGACACUCCAGAGAAACUGACACCAAUAAGAUUCCUGAUCUAACACAGAGCAGCAAGGAGGAACUGAACUUUUGGUUAUCUCAGUUUGUUAGGGAGUGCAAACAGAAGGACGGUCGUGACUACAAACACCAGAACUUGUAUGCGAUGAUGUGCGGGCUAGCUCGCCAUAUCAAGAAGGACAGGCCACGUUUAAACAUACUGGAUGAUCCGGGAAUGGCAGAUUUAAAGUUCAAUCUGCAGGAGGUUAUGAGGAUACUCCAGGUAAGACAAGCUCAAGUUUGCACAGUUCCAGGUACCAAACUGAGUCGGAAACAGUGGGACAAUUUGUGGGACAAGGGUUUGUUAGGUGAGUCAGAUCCCUCGUCUCUCUUCCACGCGGUCUACUUCCUCUUUGUCACCGUAACAGGGCUGACUUCAGCUGUACAGCUCCGCUCACUAACAACACAGAACAUUGUUGUUACUUCUGAUCCGGAAUCAAACAACAUUGUUACAACUUACUAUCCAAACGAUGAUAAUAGAGGUUGCAGGUCCGAACGAGCAGCUAUUCGGUGCAUGGAGUCAGAUCGGAAAAAUCCCCGCUCUUUUGGAAGACUCCUCGAACUCUACCUUUCUAAACUGCCUUCUGAUUGCCUGGAACUGUGGAUGAGAGCUAGCUGGAAGAGUAGCGAUAAGAAUAAAGUGUGGUACAGUGGACAACCAGUCGGGCAGAACCUGCUCCGUACCACUGUAAAGACUGUGUGUCAGCUGGCUAACUACGAGGGGAACUACUCUAGUCACUCACUUGAUAGGGACUUGUUGAACUGGGAGAACUAUAAUAUAGAACACUUGGCUACUUCAUCACGUGAUAUACCCAACCCGAAGCAGUCUGUGGAGCUGAAGUGUUCGGGGAUUAAGAGGGAGUUUGUAGAGGAAACAUUGCCACGUGUCACACUGAAUACUCACCUGAUAACUUCUCCUCCCACUUCUACCUUCACUUCCAAACGUUUGAGGUCGAGUCAACCACUGGAUGAAACUAUAUUACUGCCCAAUUCUGACAAUGCAUUACCUCCCGAGAACCUGGCGCUACCACUCUUAUCUUUCGGCCCAUCUUCUUUAAAUCUUGAUAACAAUGCACGUGUGGUUACUUUUACUCCACGUGUCGUCACCACUCCUUCACAGAGCUACGCUAUUGCUUCUGUUUAUCCACUUGUUGACGUCGUUUCCACUCCACGUGACGUCAUAACUACAUCACACGAAGUCAUAACCACCCCUCAGAUUGACGUUAUGAAUACCCCACGUGACUUCACACAAUCCCAACAUGCUAACACAGUUGACCCCUUGGCAGGAGAACAAGACGUGAACGAUCGGAAGAACGUUACAGAUUCCAACCAGGAACGCAAAGUGAAUGCUGACAGGAAUCAUGAUCAAAGUCGAAGCAACAUCAUAAGUAAUGAUGAUUUGAGGAAUGUCAACGUGGAUAUUCCUGGACAUGUUGAUAAGUGUAUGGGGCUGUUUAAGGACUGUACAAUCCAAAAUGUCACAAUAAACAUCUAUCUCAGCAAAACGGGAGAGAAUAGACACUGAUUUUUCGGGUACAAUGUAAAAUGUUACAGAGCAUAAUUUUUUGUUAAUAAUAUAUUAUUUUAAAUCAGACCUUUUUUUAAAAUCGUAUAACAUUUUUUAAUUCUAGCAACUUGAUUAUUAUAAAGUAGAAUUCAAGUUAUAACUAUUUGGACUACGAUUGUUUAUAGUUAGAUACACAGUUUGACAGUUUGGUUACAAAGGUUACAUCUUUUCAUGAUGAAUUGUGUUAAAAAAGCUUUUUUAUUUUUUAUUCUAUC